AUGGAGCACUCAUCGCAAUCUGUACGAGAUGCGUGCACCUCCCCAGAUGCUUUAUUUUCAACGCCCCAGGAUGAUCUCCUACGCAUGAUCUACUGCGAGUUUACCCAUGACAUCGACCGUCUUAAAAGAGCAUAUUCAAUUCGCGACGAGCAGUCAAUAUCUCGGACGAGAAACUCUCCUUCUUAUAUCCUAUACCAAGCAGAUUAUGAUGAAGUGAAUCGAACGCUUGUGGGGUUCUUAUCGCUACGUUGGAUUCACCUCGGGCAAUACGAGAACUUUGUCGGAUCUCAGCCACACGAUGCCCAACUGACAAGAGAGUCAUUCAAAUGGAUCCAGGAGUUUUACAAUGAAGUCAUCGCAGACUCGGAUGCGCUUUAUGCAUUGAUAACCUCGAUAAUAAUCAAUGAUUUGGGCAAAGACCCCCAAUUGGCAUCCGAUUAUUACGAGAUGACCGGCACCGAUAUCGCAUAUCUCAAUCACGAUGCAAUACUUCUGAAGGCCUGUCAAGCCGGGCUCAUUUUUUCACUGGAAAAGUUGCCUCCUCAAUAUAAAGACGACCUUAUCCGCGGUAUGGAGCUCGGCGCUACAUUCAACUUUGGUCAGAUGGCACAAGCAGAAAAUGUGCCCGCCUGUUUAUCAGGCUUGUAUCUCAUGAAAGAACGCCCCAAUUGCUUUCAGAUGCGCUUUAUGGAGCAGUUACUUGAUAUCGCGGGUGCAGCAGGACAUAUGGAUUACACCUGUGCGAAGAAAUUGAUCCAGCCGAUAUUUGAUUCUUAUCGGAAUGUUUAUGAUGCAUGUCAAAGUAUCAUCGCGGGGACAUCGAAUACUCGAGCUGGAUAUGAUAUGAUUCUUGAUCGACGAUCAGAGACUCUUCAUGCAGUGGGAUUCAGGUUGGUGGAUAUCGGCAACUCAGAGGACCGAGCUCUUAUGCGAUUGUUAUGCAUGGGAAAUGUUGUGACACAUGACAAGGCGUCUCUAUUCCAGAAGACAUGGGACUCUCUUGAGAUGAGCACAAGGAGGGUGUUGGUAUCCUCACUUAAUAUGGAUGGCCGAAGUGGUGAACCUGCAGUUCAACCCACUUAUAUGCCUGCGUUCUUGAGUCGGAUUAAAGAUGAACGGUCACUGACGCAUGCUUUAUGCUAUCUUGCUCGAGUCAUGACUCUAGCACUGGCAAAGCCAGUAGACCCGCCGGCGUCGGUACUGGUUAUGGAGCGGUCUUUGCUAGGCGUGAUGAAGACAUAUGUUGAACCAGGUGAAUUCGAUAAAGACCCAGCUAUCCUGGACAGGAUCGAUGUGCCUGAAGGGGUAGUCGCUGUAACCAUAUAA